UAUUGAGAUUAUUUUGAUUUCAUGUGGUGAAAGCCAGCACAGGGUCUCACGUCUUAAAUUCGUUCUCACUCCGAAACAACUUGAAAAUGGUGCAAAUAUCGGACGGAAAUCUGACGACUUCUGGGCUGAGCCAAGCCCCCAAUGUUUCAAGAUCCCAGCAGCGCCUCUACUACCAAACGCAACGCCCCCUCCCAGACCACCCACCGCCUGGCGGCCAGAGCAAUAAAGGAGACCGAGAAAGAAAGAAAAACCCGUCUACGCUCAUGCGCACUGCCGGCGGCUGAACCCCCUUGAACACAUCCGGGGAACCGGUAGACUGACGCUCACUCGCGCGCAUGCGCCGCCGACGUCCCGGGGAUGGGUUUGUCGUUGGAAACAAGAUGGCGACUCUGGCGAAAGCGCCAACAUAUUUACCGAAGUAGAUGUCAAAUUCGGCGACUGUAAUGGGUUUUCUCCUGAUCCCCUCCCGGGUCCAGUGUAACGCGAAGGCCGGGAGCAUGUUUCUGGAGUAGGGUUUGACCGGACUGAGACCCGUAAACCCGACCGGCGAGAUGUGCGAGAGCUAUGCCCGCUCGCUGCUGCGUGUUUCGGUGGCGCAGAUCUGCCAGGCGCUGGGCUGGGACUCGGUCCAGCUCACCGCCUGCGACCUCCUGUCCGAUGUCCUGCACCGGUACAUCCAACAGCUGGCCAGGGGCUGCCACCGCUACUCGGAGCUCUAUGGACGGACCGAUCCCAUGCUGGAUGAUGUUGGCCAGGCUUUCAGGCUGCUGGGGGUGAGUUUGAGUGAACUGGAGGACUAUGUUAACAACCUGGAGCCUGUUGGCUUCGUCCAUCAGACGCCACUCUUCCCUGUCAGCAAAAACAACGUCCUGCAGUUCCCCCAACCUGGUGCACGUGAUGCAGAAGAAAGGAAGGACUACAUUCCAGAGUACAUGCCACCCCUGGUCUCCUUACAAGAAGAAGAGGAGGAGGAGGAAGGCCUCGCAGAAAUGGGUACUUCGGCUGAGGCUAUGCAGGUGCCGCUGGAUGAGGACGAGGAUGAAAUGGAGGAAGACGAGGCUGUUAACGAUGAGAACCACCCACUGAAGCGGCACCUGGACAGUCCUGAUGCAGCCAUGGGCAUGAUGCCCACGUCCAAGAGACCACGCAUGCACCCCGGCCUCAGUCCUGAAUGGGGCAUUGAGCCCAGGGAGCCCCUUACUUCCCUCAACCCUCAGCGUGUCCCUCCAGGUGUGCUAGCUUCUCAUGAUAGCCUUGGCUCCUUGUCCCCUGAAACACCCACCGGCACCCCAUCCCCCUUCAGACCUCAGCCAGUGGUACCCAGACACACGGACCACAAGACCCACGCCACUCCGAGCAGGAAACCCAAGGUCUCCUCCCCUGGGAGGCCACGGACUAAAUCCCCAAAAGGGGUCAAUGUUGGACCUAUGGGUGGCAGCCCAAUCUGCUCCCCCAAAUCCUCUAAAGAGAGGAAGAAAUCACCGGGCAGAACCAAGAGUCCCAAAAGCCCAAAGAGCCCAAAAAUGGGCUCUGCCAAAGCUUUGCAACCCCCGGUUGCAAAGGCAGAUAGUUUUCCCAAGGUACCCUUGUCAACACUGAGUGAGAGAAUGGGCAAGGAGAACAUCCACAUGCGUCCAAGUAUGGACGACAGAGAAUUUCCUGAAGCUCAGUUCAGGAAAUUAGAGCCUGAUGAUAGCGCCAUCGAUGACUCCAUUGAUGCCGUUAUUGCCAGGGCAUGUGCCGAACGGGAGCCUGACCCGUUUGCCUUCUCCUCAGGCUCUGAGUCAGAGAGCAACGGGUUCUCCAGCCCCAGGAGGCUCACCAUCAUGGAGCCAUGUACACCCAAGCUCAUGCUAGGACUCAACAGCGCCAUCAAAGAUUCAUCGACACCACUUCACCUUAAUGCAGGCUCAGGAAACUGGACCAUGGAUGACUCAAUCAAUGAGGUGAUUCGUAAGGUAAACCAGGGUGCUCCUCAGAACCAAGGAGAUUGCAUUUCGUCGGGCUCAGCCUCACCGCCUACCCCGGAGCCUCUCCUUAAGACUUUCGAGGAGAAAAACAAGAUGGUGUCCUCAACGGAUGUCAAGAAGAAGCUGAAGAAGGAGCUGAAAACUAAAAUGAAGAAGAAGGAGAAGGACAAGCCCAAAGACAAAGACCGGGAUAAGGACAGGAACAAGGAGAAAGAAAAGACUAAAGACAAGAACCGGGAAAAGAUCAAGGAGUUUUCCAAGGAGGCCAAGAUGACAUGGAAGGAGUUUGGGAGCAAGGAAGAGGAUCACUACCGUCAGCGGGACUUCGCUGGGCUGGAGGGCUCCACGAAGAUCAAGUCAAGAGAUGGAGAGGGCUCCAGGAAAGAGAAGGAGAAACACAAAGACAAGAAGAAGGACAAGGAACGGAGCAAGAAGGAUAAAGACAAACGGGACAAGGGGAAAGACAAGAACAAGGAGGACAGGCCGAAGCUGUCCGCCCUUUCCCCCUUUGGCCUGGGCGAGAUCCCUGCGCUUUUCAGCCCCUCCGCCUGCUUGCGCAUCCCCUCCAUUCUGCCUCCCCUGCCCCCCAUCCUCCAGGACAAGGAGGUGAAGAGCAAGGAGAAGGAGAAGAAGAAGGAGAAGAAAGAGAAGAAGAAGAAAAAGGACAAGGAGAAGGAAAAGGAGCGAGAGAAGGCCAAGGAGAAGGAGCGGGAAAAGGAGGAGAAGAGGAAAGAGAAGGAGAGGGAAAAGGAAAAGCGAGAGAAGGAGAAGGAAAAGGAGAGAGAGAGGAUUCGAUUGGAGAAGGUCAAAGUGGAAACUCCAGCAACUCUACCAUCUCCAGUCAUCCCCAGACUGACUCUCAGAGUGGGAGCCGGUCAAGACAAAAUUGUUAUCAGCAAGGUUGUGCCGAACUCAGAGCCCAAAACACCAGCACCCAAAAUCCCCGCUCCCAAAGGACCUGGAAACCGGCCCCGGACGCCCCCACCAGCCCCAAGUCUCUUAUCUGUUGCACCCUCUCUGGUCCCGCCCCUGACGCCGCUCCCUCCUGUGGCAAUUCCUCCGCCGAUGCUCCCCCCACCCUCUGUGCUCUCCGUGGCAAGCUCCCUAAAAACACCUGUGCGCAGCGUGGUGACUGAGACUGUCAGCGCCUAUGUGAUUCUGGAUGAAUGGGGUAACCAGAUCUGGAUCUGUCCGGGAUGCAACAAGCCUGAUGACGGUAGCCCCAUGAUAGGCUGUGAUGACUGUGACGAUUGGUACCAUUGGCUUUGCGUUGGGAUUCUCACAGCACCACCGGAGGACCAGCAGUGGUUCUGUGUUAAAUGUGCCAACAAGAAGAAGGACAAAAAACACAAGAAAAGGAAACACAAAGUGCAUUGAGCUAUGCAAAAAAAAAAAAAAAAAAGCACAUAUUUUUGAUUUUUUUUUUGUUGUUGACUUUCUCAAGCCAUCAUGAAUCACUUAUGGCACUGCUGUAAAAAAAACAACAGACAAAAGUAAGUAUUGAUAGGAGUUAAACUUGUGACUGACAUUCACUUCUGGAGAUUUUAGUGAAUGAAAUUGACUGUGAUGGAUUGUGGACCUUGCAAGAAGGAAAAAGAAGGAAACAGAAGAGACUUUAACCAGCACAUAUCCAACCUCGGUUUUCAAAUGAAUUUUAUUCAAGUGGACUCUAUGGUCCCCCUUUAAAAUAAAAGUCUGUAAAACUGGUUUCUUGGCGACGUUUGUUGGCGAGGAAGCCAAGACUUCAGGAACGGUCCAGAAUUUAAAAGAAAAAAAUCAAAAUGACGAGAGCACACUCUCGGUUGUUAAAAGAUUGGAGUACGGCGGCGUCACGGGGUGAAGCUAAAGAGAGGAACCACCUUCAUCAUGAAGCUAAAGAGAGGAACCACCUUCAUCUACGGUCAUCUUAUUUCUGUUCAUCUGGAGUUGCCAUAGAAACCACGGCGGACACGCGCUCUCCACCUUUUGCUUGGUUUUCCUGCAGUAUGAUCAAAGCGUCUUGUAUAUAGAGAUGAUGGCAUUGUGUCUGUAUAAAUGUGUAAAUACCGACUUCCAAGCCAAGUGCAUUUCGUUCUUAGGAUCCUGACUUGUUAAAUCCACUUUCAAAUAUUGGCUUUUAACUUGAAUGAUUUUCUGUAAUUUCUGUACAUUUUUUAAAUUGAAAGUUUGUAUUUUUAUUUUUUUGUUUUCUUCAUAUGGAGUUAUACUGUAGCAUCGCCUGUUGUAACAUAAUUAAUUUUGCUGAUAUUUCAAUAUUAAAGCUAAACAGUAUGUACCUUAACGGGCUGGAAGACGUGAAUCUCAUUACUAUCAAGUGUAUCUAGGUUUUUUGUUUUUGUUUUUGUAAAUGAAUUUUCUGCGUGUUCUUUAGUUCCCGCCAAGACUUCCCUUGCUCUUUUCUCAGCUGUUUGUUUCGAUGUGUUGCAUUUGCUUCAUGAAAAUACAAUGAGACUAU